AUGUCGAAGCUCAUCACCGUGUUUGGGGCCACAGGCAAUCAGGGUGGCUCCGUUAUCAAAGCCAUCCUCGCCCAUCCCACUCUAUCCAAGGAGUUCAAAAUUCGGGGCAUCACCCGCGAUCCCUCCAAGCCAUCCGCCCAGGAGUUGGCUAACCAGGGGGUUGAGAUCAUGAGUGCGGACAUGAGCUCCCUCUCCUCCCUCGCCCCUGCGCUCGCCAACGCUCACACUGUCUUCCUCGUCACCAACUUCUGGGAAUCCGCCAAGCCAGAGGUUGAAUAUUCCCAGGGCAAAAAUGUUGCUGAUGCCGCCAAAUCUGCUGGGGUUUCCCAUUUCAUCUUCUCGUCACUUGUCAAUGUCACCGAUGUUACUCAUGGCCGCUUGCCGAAUGUGAGCCACUUUGACAGCAAGGCGAAUGUUGAGAAGUAUGUCCGGAGCAUUGGGUUGCCGGCCACCUUUGUGUUGCCGGGGUACUUUAUGAGUAAUUUUGAGAAGACGUUACGGAAGGGGGAAGAUGGGGUGUUUACGUUGAGUUUGCCAGUUAGUGAGAACGCGCAGUUUCCACUGUUCGAUGCUGCUGGCGAUACUGGCAAAUAUGUAACGGCUGCCAUGAAGAAAUACCCUGCAACCCUCGGCAAAGACAUCUACGAAGCAACAGACUACUACACCCCAGGCCGCAUUGUCUCAGAAUUCACAGAAGUAACGGGAUAUCCCGCCAAGGUGGUCCAGAUUACCCCUGAGCAAUAUAAGUCUUUCAUGCCACCUUUCGCGGCGCAGGAGUUUUUGGAAAACCACCAGCUGCUGGAGGGUCCCGGGUACUAUGGUGGGGCCAGCUUGGGCGAGAGUCUUGCGAUUUUGGAGGAGAAGCCGACGAGCUGGAAGGAGUUUGUGGAGAGGGAGAAGAGUCGAGCGUGGAAAGCGUGA